UUUGCCCGAACUUGUCCCGCGGCCCCCCUCCUCCGGUCCGCCUACCCCUCCAGUCCUCCGGAUGAACCGAAAGCUUCAUCAUGGAUCUCCCGUGCCUCCCGUGGCAGGAUCACGUGGCGCAGAAAUGGAUCGGACUGGAUCCCGAGCUAAAAGAGAGAUUCAUAACCAUGGAGGAAAUAGAUGACAUCUUUAAAUGUGCCCUAAGUCUGACAACCCAAACUGAUGUAGACUUCAUGCAGUCGAUCUCUGCAGCUUCCUCCGUGCAGAAAGACUCAGACCGAGCAGCUGAAUGCAGGGAGAAUGGAAACCUCAGCUUCAAGAGGAGAGACUACCCUGCAGCUGCUCUGCACUAUUCACAGGGAAUAUGUCUGGCUCCCCAAAGUUCAGAGCAGCUGUCUCUCUGCUACGCCAACAGAUCUGCGUCACUCUACCAUCUGCAGCUCUACCAGGACUGCCUCCAUGACAUCCACGGAGCUCUGAGGAGCGGCUACCCCUCCCAUCUGAUGCACAAGCUGGAGGAGCGCCGCUCGGCGUGUCUGAAGAGGCUCCCCGCCGGCGAGGAGGCGGGAGAGGAGGAGGAGUGCCGUCCCGGCCCGAGGAGUGAAGGUCCAGACACGGAGCCAUCUGUUCACAUUUGUCCCCGAGCUGCCGUCUCCUCCAGCGUGGAAAAAGGCCGCCACCUGGUGGCCGUGGGCAGAAUCUCGGCCGGGGAGGUGAUCCUCCGGGAGAGGCCGUUCAGCUGCGUCCUCCUCCCUGGGCUCCAGGAGGUGAAGGGGGGCGGGGCGGGGAGGGGGGCGUUUGGGACGGAGAGCAGGCGCUGCCACCGCUGUCUGGCCGAGACGCUGCGUCCCGUCCCGUGCGGCGGCUGCAGCUACAGCCGCUACUGCUCUCCGGGCUGUCGGACGGACGCCUGGGAGGAGCACCACCGCUGGGAGUGUCCGCUGGGAGCCCAUCUGACGGCGGCCGGCGCCAUGCUGCAGCUCGCUCUGAGAGUCGCGCUGAAGGCGGGGGUAGCAGCCGUGGAGGAGGCCAGAGGCCACAGCGAGCCCGGGCCCAACUGUCCCAGCAGCCCGCAGCCGUCAUCCUACCUGAGCGUGUUUAACUUGCUGCACCACGUGAAGCGGCACAGCCCCGCCCUGCGCUUCCUGUGUGCAGUCAGUGUGGCAACCCUGUAUCUGAGGCUCCGAGAGGCAGGACCCCCCCCCUGCGUCAUGGACACCCACCGUGGUGAAGCGGCCUGGAGCUCCGAGCUGUGGCUUCUGGGAAGCACAGUCCUGAGGCACAUGCUGCAGCUGCGGUGCAACGCCCAGGCGGUCGUGGCUCUGCAGGAGACAGGAGCUGUGAACUCUUCCGUGCGGUCCAGUCGGGAAGUCCGCCUCGCCUCAGCGAUGUUCCCGACCCUCAGCCUCCUCAAUCACUCCUGCCGCCCCAACACCAGCCUGGCCUUCGACCCGGGGACCCGUGCAGGCGCGAUUGACUCGGAGACGUCUGCAGACCGCCCUGCGAGCGGAGCCGGGGACCGAGGCCUGGCCCGGGGAGUCGCUGUGACCGUCAGAGCAGCACAAGUCAUCAGUCCUGAACAGGAGAUCCUUCACUGCUACGGUCCUCACAGCAGCCGGAUGGUGACCCGAGAACGCCGGCGUCUCCUGCAUGAGCAGUACUUCUUCCUGUGUCAGUGUGAGGCCUGCAGCCCGGAGGAGGAGGAGGAGUGUGAAGAGCAGAGGCCAGGCUCUCCACGGGGGGCCGCUCUCCUGUGCUGCCGGUGUCAAGGCUCUCUGAAAAGAAGCCGUGACGACGGAGGAUCGGGGUUCAUCUGCUCUCUGCCGUCGUGUGGCCGCCGUAUGUCCGCUGCAGAAGCGAGAGCCCGGCUGGAGGAGGUCCGCCUGGGCCUGGAGCGAGCCGUGGAGCUGCUGGAGAGAGACCAACCAGGUGAAGCCCUGAAGCUGCUGGAGACGACUCGGACUCGCUCCGGCCUCAUCCUCACUGAGACACACCCUCUCCGGGGAGAGCUGGCUGAUGCCACAGCCAGAGCGUUCGCUACGAUGGGCGACUGGAAGAACGCAGCGUCCCAUCUGGAGCGCAGCGUCGCGGCCGUCGGCUCCCAGUACGGAGAGGACAGCAUCGAACUGGCUCAGCAGCUCUUCAAACUGGCUCAGCUGCACUUCAAUAGCGCUGCCAGGGGCCCGGCCCUGUCCGUCAUUCCCAAGGUCAGACGGCUGCUCCGCCUCCACCGGGGCCCGCGCUGCCCGGAGCUGCAGGAGCUGGAGGACAUGGAGGACUGUUUACGAGGAUAGUCCCUCAGGAGCCCGGGCCGACGCUCGCACAAUACAAACACAGCGCUGCACGCGGUGGAACACAGUGAAGAAACUGUGAUUCUGGAGAGUUUGUACUUUAUACCGUUGGUGUCAAACAUAAAACCCGUGGACCAAGAGCAGCCCGCACGAGGCUCCGAUCUGCCGCUGCUGUGAAAGACAGAAAGCUAUAUGAGAAGUUUUCAUUGGACAUUUCACUGGAUUUUGCACUUGAAUGCUUCAUUAAAAUUUGCUUUAUGUUGA